AUGACCAUAAUGGAGGUCUCUCUGCUUACCGGCUUCUACGCCAACCAGGAUGACCUUAAGCAGCUCACCAGUGAAGUGGAGAUGUACGCCUACCAGUAUGAGACGAAGACAAGCUCCAGCGACAGCACCGUGGUCCUCUAUCUGGACAAGCUCUCCCACGAGUAUAACACAGUGCUGGGCUUCCGGGUUCACAGGAUGCUGCAGGCGGAGUUCCUGCAGGCCGCCCUGGUCACUGUCUACGAUUACUACGAGCCUUGGGAGGGUCCCAUCCAGGAGAGGGCUGAGCAAGACCAGGCAGGACUUGGCCUGCAAAGGCCGGGACCAGGCAGUGGGAAAGCCCUGAAGUGCAGCGCCUUCUACAACCUGCCCACGAAGGAAUCGUUUCUGCGGAAGAUCUGCCACAAAGACGUCUGCAGAUGUGCGGAGGAACAGUGCGCGUCGCUGAGGAAAGGCCAGCUGAGGCAGACGGAGCUCCAGGUAGCGGCUUGUGAGCCAGGCGUGGACUUUGUGUACAAGGCCGGGGUGAAGUCUGUGGAGGUCUCCGACUCCAACCCAUACGUCUACUACAACAUGCAGCUCCAGGACAUCAUUAAGAGUGGCACAGACUUUGCCAAGCCCCUUACCAUGAAGAAAUUUGUCUCCCACGCCACCUGCCAAGACUCCCUGGGGCUGCAAGAACAGCAGGCGUACCUCAUCAUGGGCCAGACGACAGACCUGUGGCGAGUCAGAUCUGAUUACACCCACGUCCUGGGCAAGGAGACGUUCAUCAUGCAUUGGCCAGCAGACCAGGAUGCGGGCAAGAAGGAAUUUCUGGCUCAGCUGGAGGGAUUUUCGGAAUAUAUGCACACCCACGGCUGCCAGACCUGAGACCUUAAGGCCUCUGCUGCUCUCAGAGCGGUAUCUCCAACCUGGCCUGGGCCACUGAGUUCCACCCCAAAUAAAGAGCAUUG